CUUGGAUUUCGUAUUACUUGGUUCAAAAAAAUUUUCAACAUUAUAUCCAAAUAAUAAUUAUUUUUUUACUUAUUGGAAAAAUUUCAGAAUUUUAAAAUAAAAAAAUUCUCUAGUACAAAAUGACGGACUACAUUAAAAAACCAACGGUGACUGCAGCAACAAACUUCAAUGCAUUUGAAGAUUGUCGAGCUCUUCAAAAUGCAAUGAAAGGUUUUGGAACAGAUGAGCAAGCUAUUAUUGACAUUCUGACAACACGUAAUAAUGUUCAAAGACAAGAAAUUGAAAAAGUUUUUACUGAGAAAUUUAAACAGAAUUUAAUUGAAAAUCUAGAAAGUGAGUUGGGUGAAGAAUUUAAAGAUGUCAUUGUGGCAUUGAUAAACCCUACAGAUUUUCUGGCUAAGCAACUUUAUAAAUCUAUGUCAGGAAUAGGAACAGAUGAAGAGACGUUGAUGGAAAUUCUCUGUUCACGAGAAAAUAAUGAAAUUAAAGAAAUUGUUACAGCUUACGAAAGAAUUUACCAUUGUUCAUUAGCUGAAGAUAUAGCUAGUGAAACUUCUGGAGACUUUAGAAGAUUAUUAACACUUAUUGUUACGGGAGUUAGAAAUUCUCAAACGGAAAUUCAUGCAGAUCGUGCAAGAGAAACAGCUGAAAUACUUUAUAAUGCGGGGGAAGGAAAAAUGGGAACAGAUGAAAUAAUUUUUAACAUGAUUUUAACUCAUGAAUGUUUUGGACAAUUACGACUUGUAUUUGAUGCUUAUAAGCAUAUCAGUGGAAGAACUAUUGAGCAAGCAUUAAGGAAUGAGAUCAAAGGAGAAUUGAAAGAUGCAAUGUUGACAUUGGUGGAAUGUGUACAAAGUACACCAGCAUUUUUUGCUAAGAAAUUGAAUAAAGCAAUAGAAGGUAUGGGAACUGAUGAUCAAACUCUCAUUCGAAUCAUUGUCACUCGUUCGGAUAUUGAUCUUGGAAACAUAAAAGAAGAAUAUGAAAGAUUCUUCGAUAAGACACUGGUAUCAUCAGUUAAAAAUGAUACCUCUGGCGACUACAAAAGGGCUUUGGUUGCACUAAUCGGAGGAGUAUAGUUCAAAUAAAAUUUUUCAAAGGACAAAUUUUUUUGUCAAAUAAUUGUAAUGAAAUAAUUUAAUUCAAU